AUCUCUUGUCUUCAUUUUCCACCAGACGACUUUUUGUCCUCGUCGUAAUCUCUUUUUCACUUGCUCCAUUAUCAUCACCAUCUUCGUCCCCAGACUCCAAUUCAAAUCUCUGUUUUCAAUUUACACCUGGAAUGGGUUCCGGCAGUAGUCGAUUAGGGUCGGAUCGCUCUUCAAACCCCUCGAGAUUGAAUCGAACAAAGCGGAAGCUCUCUUCUAUUCUACUAUGUGGUCACACACGCAACUCCAAUUCUCCUUCGUCUGCCUUAGAGUUGGAAUCACCAACAAGCUCUAUAGAAAACCUUCCUCCUGCUAGCAUCGAAUCUAUAACCUCUGCAGGUGUCUCCUCUUCAUUCUUUGAUUCCGAACCCGUGUGCACAAGUUCCAAAACUUCGGAAUCAGAACCCGAAAGUUGCAAUAGCAGUGCAAAGAACAUUGCUAUAAGUCCCAUAAAUAGCAGCGAGGAUAAAGCAAGUACAUCUUAUGCUGGUCAACCAAGUCAAGAACCAGUUUCAGGAAAUCAUGGGUCGGAAUCGGAAUCAGCUUUACCUAUCGACGAAGGUGCACCCAUGAAUGUUAAUCCGAUCACCGUCUCCACCGAAGAAAAUCUUGAUUCUGAUUCCGGCCGGAAUCAGAACGAUAUAGUUAGGAAUUCCGAUUCCAAUACUCGGGCGCUGUUGGUUCUGUCAGAUUCUUUUCUGAGUCUUCGGAUAUUUGGGAGUGGAAUUACGGAUUCCGGUUCCGGAGUUUUACCGUCUGUUGUGGAACCAGAUGUGAUAAGUGGUCGUAUACUUCUUAUGGACACCGGAAAUGUUCUUUCCAGUGGUGUUUCUGAAAUUAGUAGCCGAGAAGGAAGAAGGAACAGUGGAAGGCUAUUUGGUGACACGUCAGCGAGACGUGGUUCUAGAAGGGACAGUGGUUUUCCAGCAAUAUUUUUCACAGCUGGACUCGAUGAUGAUCGAUGGCUUCUUGAUAUUAGUGGUCGUGAAAAUGGUUAUUUAACAAGUCAUGGUAGAAAUGAAGAGCGCAGGCGUUUUAGAUCUCAGAUGUCAGAAAGAGGGUUUGGUGGUGUUGAUGAGAGAGAAAACCGAACCAGAUUUUGUGCAUCUGGGCUACACCGUGAUGGGACAUGCUCAUGUGGCAGUUCAUCUUUCUUGGGUGAAGAAACCGGUUCAUUUGGAAGUAUAUCACGCGUUGUUUUGCUUGCUCAAGCUUUAUCUGAGGUAUUGGAUGAAAUCCACCGACAACCGCUAUCACUUUCAAUGCCAAUGCUCUCUCUACCUGCACCUGAGUCUGUUGUAGAUUCGUUACUCCUUAAAAGUCACAAAAAGAUUGAUGCAUCGGAAACCGGCCCAAAUUAUGUUCAACAAUGCUACAUUUGCUUGGUUGAUUAUGAGGAAGGAGAUGAAAUAAGGGUUCUUCCGUGUCGUCAUGAAUAUCAUGCCCCGUGUGUCGAUAAAUGGCUUAAAGAAGUUAACGGUGUGUGUCCGGUAUGUAGGUGCAAUGUUUGUGACACACCUGCAGCUGCUGAGGGUCAGGUGUCAAACUCAGAACUCGCAGCUUGAUCAUGCAGCAAAUUGUAUUUAUAUAUAAAAUAUAAAUGUCAACACACACAAAAACAUAGUAUGUAAAUAUUUAUAGAUAGAUACCUCUUGUUGUAACCGAAUGUCUUUACUUUGUGAUCUAGCUCCUUCAUUAAAC